GCCGGUGCAAGUUGAAGUUGGGUUGGGGGCCAGUGUCCCUGUGUGAUCGCUGAUGACCAGGUGUGAUGGUGAACGCAAUUCCAUGAUGUACACUGUGACUUAAUUUUAAUCCGAUUGCUGACUGUUUACAUCAUCUACAGUAACAUGGCGAAGGCGCUUCAUUUUGGUAGUGUUACCAUAUCAAAGUGAUUCGCGACCCAACUCUAGGACACUUGUCACUUGCUUGGUCACAGAGGGAUGGACGUUCAGCAGGAGGAGAAGCUUUCUCAGCUGGUGGAGGAUCUCACCACCUCAGGACAGCAAACGCUAAAUCCAGAACAGAUGAGGGAACUGAAGAAAAUCUGCAAGUCAUCUGAGGAGUGUGUCAAGCAUGCAUACCAUUUAAUUAUGAGACAAUUAAAUCAAGAGCACUCAGAGAUUCGGCUGUCUGCCUUCCAAAUAGCGAAUGAACUUUUUGUGCGUUCAAGUCAGUUUCGGUUACUGCUCGUUUCGAACUUCCAGGAAUUCUUGGAACUAACUAUAGAAAAUGAUUAUGAGCAACCUCUGCCUCCACCAAAAGAAGCAGCUCAGAAAUUGAAGAAAAUGGCAAUUAAAGCUGUUCAGGAGUGGCAGGACAAAUACGGAAAUGCUUACAAGAAACUCUCCCUGGGCUAUCAUUUCCUGAAGCAGGUUAAAAAGGUGGAUUUCCAGGAUAUUCGUGCUAGAACUCAAGCUGAGAGAAAACGUGAAGAAGAGAGAUUGAAAAGACAGGAGAAUAUUAAUAAUGUCAGAGUGAAGAGAGUGGAAGAAGAAAUGAAAGAAAUGUCAGAAGAAGUUCAGAACACUUUGACGGAACUGGAAGAGUGCUUCAAAUUGCUGCUGCCUCAUCUUUCCGAGUUCAGCUUUAGUGAUGUAGGUUCUGAGUGCAAACCAGGACCGGCCGAUAAAAUGGAUAAUGGCAGCUCUACAACCAUCAGGCAGAGAGAUGACCACCGGUGUACCAGCAAUCAUAGUGACGAUGAGCAGCCUUGCAGCAGUAAGGACCUGGCCCCACUGCCUCAGGUGAACAUACCUCCUGCAGACCAGGAAUCCGAUGAAGAGCUGGAUGACUUUAGUCAAAAUGAAGAAGGUGAAAGUGAGCAACUUGAAGACAAUGAAGAAACCUUUAUCAGGAGUCAUGGGCUUCUUUCACAUAAAUAUUCUCUUGACUUAGAAAUUAAUGAGGGUUUAAAGAUAGAAGAAGAUGAAGACAAUAGUGCUAUAAUUAACAAUAUAAAGGAUUUGCAAAGACUAAUUACUAAUAAAUAUUUGCCAACUGUACGGUACUGGAUCCAGGCAUUCACCAAAGCUGGUAUUACUGAUGCCCGAUUAAGACGUGCCAUUGAUUUAAAAAGUGCAAUAGAUGCAGCAGUGAAAAAGCAUGAUGAGCUGAACAUUAGUUACAAAGAGAGAGAGAGAAAAGUGAUGAAAGCGGCCGAUGAGGAUGAUGAUGACGACGACGAUGAUUUUGUUGAAGUUCCUGAGAAGGAAGGGUAUGAGCCACACAUUCAGGAGCACCUUCGGGAGGAGUAUGGACUGGAGCCCUUGAUACAGAAGACCGAGGAAACAGUGAAAAGAAUAACAUCAUGUGCUGGACCCCCACCGUGGCGGAGGAAGGAUGAGGAACUUGAUCCAACAUGUGCUGCAGCAACAUUAAAAAUCUGGAAGGAACAGCUUUCUUCACGGAUGUGCAGCCUUGCUGGAACCUCAGAGGACAAUGUUCAGGCAUCCACAUCAGCAGGACCUGAACUGUUCAGUGAAGAUGCCAAGAAAAGAAAAAUGGAAGAGAUGAAAAGAGCCCCUGUUAUGUCCUUUGGGUUAGACCUUCACUACUGGGGAGAAGAGCAGACUACAUCUGGCAAAAUUCCCAAAAUUGAAACUCCACAUCGAUUCUUGGAGUCCAAGCAAAUGGAAGAUGAUUCAGAGAAUGCGGAGAUGGCAGCUUUGCUGAAAACCAGAUACAUAACCUUUGCGGGAAAGUUUGAGCCAGUUAAGCACAGAUGCCAAGCACCUAUGCCCAAUGGAACACUUUGUGAACGCCAGGAUCGAUUCAAGUGCCCUUUCCAUGGAAAGAUUAUCUCCAGGGACGCACAAGGAAAUCCUGUAAAUCCAGAAGAUAUUCAAAGGCUGAAGCAAGAAGAAGAGAAAAAGCAAAAAGAGAAAGCUGACUGGCGGGAUCCAGAAUUGAUGCGUGACAUUGAAGCUGCCACAGGAGCAGACCUUGGCUCCUCAAGAUGUGAACAAAAAGGAAAAGGGAAAAAAGGAAAAGGAAAAAAGAAGAAAUAUCCGAACCUCACUGACUUAAACCAGGAGAAUAAUACAACUCGGUCAAGGCUGGAGAAGCGAGUGUUCAACAAAGCUUCCUUGAAACGAGUCUCCAAAGCAAUGGCUUCUCUAGAUAAAAGAAAACAUGAAAAGUUUGCAAACCAGUUCAACUAUGCAUUGAAUUAAGGAGAAGAAAGGCUGGAAACUAAUCACUAUUAAGUGACCCUGCCUAGUCUCAACUUUUACAUCAUUUGUACCAGAAAAAUUUAAAACCACCAGUACUGCCGAUUUUCUACAGCCUGCAGAAUUUUAAAAUUCCAGUGUACAUAAUUUAUUGUAAAGUAUUUAAAUAUCAUUUCUUUUUACAUUGAGUGCCAAAUUUAUAUAAAAUACAAAUAUUUGAUGUAUGUUGUUAUUUUAAAAAAUGGUAAUAAUAAUUGAUGAUGUGAUCACAGAAUUGCAGGAACUUCAGAUUUGUUCAUGUAGUUUUGUUAAACAUUAUACUGAAGAAAAUGAACUGAAUCAUUAAUCUUCCUGGCAAUUCAAAUCAAUUUAAACUUUACUAUGAUCUACAUUUGUUUUUCUUCGCAAAGAUUUUUAUUCGUUAAUAGUUUUAAACUUUAAAAAAUGAUUUAACAAAUGAUGUUUCCUUAUUCUCUAUGAAAGUUCUUUUUUAACUCCAUUGUUUCCCUGAUUUUAGUUAGAUUAGAGGAGGGAGCUUUUAAUGGGGAACAAAUGUGAAGUACUGUGGCCAGGGGUUAGAAAACAGAGGUCGGAGGAUUAUUGGGUUGAAGGUAGGGAGAGAAGAGGAUGAGAUGGAAGGAUGAAAGGAAGUGGAGCUGAAUUUCACCAUGAUGCUAAAUAAUAAGAGAUUUAAGUAAGAGUACCCAUAAGUACCCAUAAGUCUAAAAUGUAAAGACUUAGCAGAUUAGACCAUGUAACAGACUGAUACUUAUGACAAAAGAGCAGCAACAAUGUUGAAUGAUGGAAGACUGGAGAGAGGAUGAGAAGGUUGCAUAACUCACAGAUCCAGGUUACUGAAAGAGAAGAUUACGAUGUCAUUUACAUAAUAAAAUGACUGCAUUCUUAAUAGUGGUUGUGUUUUAUUGACAGUGUAAAAUAACUUGAAAUAAAAGGCGGAACGGGUAAAACUGAGAACGUGUGGUAUAGAUUGUGAGCAUUUGAUUGACGCAAUAUGACACAGUUUGAGAAGAAAUAUAAGGACCAUAUUAAACAAUGUUGUGUGAUUAUUUUUUUUCAUGAAUUUAUUUUGGAAGCAUUAUUUAAAGUUUAUAUAAAUAAUAUGCAUGGAGGAAUUAAAGGAAUAUGGAAUUACUUUUUCAAUUAAUUGGUCCCGCUUUUGAGUUCUGCCCACUGGGGAAUUAAAUUCUUAGUUGAGGACUGCAGCCUAUCCCAAUGUAUGGCUGGAACAAAAGCAUGAAAGAGAAGGCACUGCUAAGGCUGGUGACUGCAAGAGGACAUUGCAGAAUGGAUAAAGUUCAAUGACAAAAAACAUGAAAAUACCAAAUGAUACAAUUUUAAAUUGAUGUAGAAGGGAUCUCAUCAAAAACUUAUUAAAGGGGGAUAAAGCAAGCUGGUAUUAGAAAAGGAAAGGGAAUGCUUUGAUUUGUAUUUAUAACUAUAGAAAGCAGAUUUAAGGUGAUGAAAAACUUGUACAAGCCUUCAUUGGUGCAAACAGUAACUUGCAUGUUAUAUGUUAGAAUUCAGCUAUAAGAAAGAUAUAAAAAGAGCAGAAAAAUGUGUGGUUUGGAUUCAUUAGAAUGAAUGUUAUUAGGUGUUAUGGGUAUGAAGUGGAACUUAUGAAAUUAUGGCCUUUCUCUCUAAUGAUGAGGGCAAUAGGGGUUGACCUGAAAGUGAUCUUUAAAAAAAUAAAUCAAGUACUGUGGAGGCAUAAACUUAAAUGAUUCACAAAGAAGAACUAAGGGAAAAACAAUUUCCGAAAACUUUCUUCUCAAUAAUAGGAUGCAUAAUUUUCUUCCCCAAGAAGAAUAAUAAAGGAUUUGAGAAAUAUCGGAUUUGACAAGGUGGCAGUUUGAGUUGGAAAAAAGCGGCAGCACCACAUAUUUGAUAAGUCAGUUUGCCACAUUAUUCCAUAAUCUUUCUUACAUCGGUUUUCCAGAAAGAUUUUACCCAAUCAAAUUCAUCCUGUUUUAUUUAAACAAUAAUAUUGGUUAGUUCAGCAGAAGCAGCCUUGGUUUAAUUUGUGAGGUGCCUUCUUUGCUCACUAAUGUCACAGCGCUCAUGUUGCAUUAUAAUGCCCUUCUAAAGCAAAUGCCAAUAACUUUCACGUAUUUAAUUUUCAAACAGUCCUCAGUCACAGUAAUAUAAAUCAUGUGCAAUAGAAUAAUGUGUUGUAAAAGGCAUUCAAAUAAUUAGAUUAAUGAAUCAUUUAAUAUUCAUAACUGUAAUAUUUUACUAUCUUGUGCAUACUAGUUGAUAAUUAACAGUUUUAAUAGCACAUUUUAGUGUUAACAAGAUAAGCAAUUAUUACCAAUUGUUUAAAUUGUAUGAAUGAAUAUCUUAUAAAUCUUAUCUUCACCUGCUGCAACUGAAAGUAAUUUAAGACUAUAGAGCAGUGGGUGUUAAGUAAAUGCUUAUGUUGACUAUUGACUGAAUAAAAUGCUUAGCUUGUAGACUAGACCUGAUUUUAAUCACAGUGCUUAACACAUUUGUUCUGAAGGAUUAACAUCUAGAACUCAUUCUUAUGCAUGUAACAAGAUCAAAAUGGAUAACAUGGGGUAAAGUGGAUUAGACAUUUGAUCCUUUUGACAAACGUGAAAUGUAAAUCCUGGUCCAGAUGCUGAACUUCUCAAGUCUACGUUAACCCUGGUAUCAUAACUUUUUGUUUUCUCCCUAUGUGAUCCCAAACCACUGUUC